AUGGCGGGCAUCCAGGAACUGGACAAGAUCAGGACCAUCUUCGAUGCCUCGAUCAUCGGCGUCAACGACAACAUCCGGGCGAAUACUGACAAGAAGACCACGGCCCACCGGAGGAUCAAGGUUCUCAAGAAGCACUGGCGGUACAUGGUGGCCAAGAUCAAGAAGAAGUUCUGGGUCAACAAGGUUUUCCUCUGGCUCCUGGUUUUUGUUGAUGAUUUCAUGGCUGUGAUGAAAGAGAGCCUUGGAGAAAUUGGGGCGGCCACCCUCAUGCUCUUCCUUACUCUGCUGGGCUGCCCUAUCUCUUGGCACAAGAAUGCCCUUGGGAAGGUCAAUCGUUGGCUGGGGUACAUGGUCAACAUCUCCGAAGGCUCGGUGUGGCUCCCGGAGGAAAAGUUGGCCAUCCUCCGCCCUGCCUUGUUGAAGUUGGAAGCAGGAGAACUCCACACCAGAAAGGAAGUCACCUCCCUACUGGGCAAGUUGCAGUGGGUGGCGAAAGCUUACCCUCAGGUGAGUUCCCACCUCCAGCCACUCUAUGCGUGGGAGCAGAAACUUGAACGGAAAUGCAGACCGGGAGACCUGGUACGUUUUCUGGCAACUCUGCUCAUCUCCAUCUUGGACUCUGGCCCCUGCGUGCCUCUUCGUCUCCAGCACAACACCCCAUGCUAUGGGAGCAGUGAUGCCGGUGAGGACGAUGGCCGGGUUGCUAUUGGUGGCUGGUUCUCGCCCUUGCUUAACCCCACCAAGGCGGAGGUCCUGUGGUUCUCCAUGGACGUCCUUACCACUCCAUGGGUGCAGCCCCUCCUGGCCCACACUUCUCCGAAGCGCCGGAUUGGUGCCCUGGAACUCCUGGGCACACUCAUCCUUUUCCUUUUGGCUGCAGAGUCCGUGGGGCCCUGCAUGGUUGAUGCUCAUCUCCCUCUUACUACAGACAAUGAGGGCAAUGCCUUUUCGGCCAGCAAGAGAUCUUCGAAGAAGUGGCCUUGCUCGGCGCUUUUAAUGGAGCUCUCCGCACAGGAGUUCCACAAGGGUGUCUUUGCUCAGGUCACCCAUGUCAAGAGGAGUUCUAACACGUGGGCAGAUCAGCUCACUCACUUUGAUUUCGAUGGAUUCUCCCCCGGAAAUAGGAGGGAGGUUUCCCUUUCAUGGUCUCCAAGUUGGAUGAUCUUGGACAAGCUCCUUGCUUUCAAAUCGGAGCAAUAG